GAUGACAAGAUGGCACAGCUGCUUGUACCGCCCGGACCUGACAGCUUCCUCCCCUUCGUGCCCGAGUCGCUGGUCGCCAUCGAGAGGCGCAUCGCCGAGGAGGAGGCCCGGAGACCGCGGGCGGACCGCCGCAGCGACAGCGAUGAUGACAAUGGGCCGAAGCCCAAUAGCGACCUGGAGGCGGGGAAAUCUCUCCCCUUCAUCUAUGGAGACACCCCCUCCCACCUGGUGUCCACCCCUCUGGAGGACCUGGAUACCUUCUACGGCAAUCAGAAGACUUUCAUAGUAUUGAAUCGCGGGAAGGCAAUCUUCCGUUUCAACGCCACUCCUGCCUUGUACAUCUUAAGCCCCUUCAACCCCCUAAGGAGGAUAGCUAUUAGAGUUUUAGUACACGCUUUGUUCAGCAUCUUGAUCAUGUUCACUAUCCUGACCAACUGUGCUUUCAUGACCCUCAGUAAUCCCCCAGAAUGGGCCAAGAAUGUAGAGUACACAUUCACAGGGAUUUACACCUUCGAGUCCCUUAUCAAAAUCCUGGCCAGGGGCUUCUGUCUGGGGAAGUUCACUUUCCUGCGGGACCCGUGGAACUGGCUGGAUUUCAGUGUUAUCCUCAUGGCAUAUGUCACAGAGUUUGUGGACCUGGGCAAUGUCUCAGCACUGCGAACCUUCAGGGUUCUGCGAGCCCUGAAAACUAUAUCAGUCAUCCCAGGCCUGAAGACCAUCGUGGGCGCCCUGAUCCAGUCGGUGAAGAAGCUGUCGGACGUGAUGAUCCUCACCGUGUUCUGCCUCAGCGUCUUCGCCCUCAUCGGCCUGCAGCUCUUCAUGGGCAACCUGAGGCAGAAGUGCGUGCGUUACCCGUUCACCGGCAACGCCACCAACGGCAGCAACGUGACCAGCGACGAGGACAUGUUCAUCGACGGCGACUCCCUGAUGGACAUCAACACCACGUUGGUGCAGAACGCCACCGAGAAUCCCUUCAACUGGACGGAGUACAUCAGCGACCCGGAGAAUUACUAUUACCUCCCCGGCCGCAGGGAUGCUCUGCUCUGUGGGAACGGCAGCGGUGCUGGGCUCUGCCCAGAGGGUUUCACGUGUAUGAAAGCAGGUCGGAAUCCAGAUUACGGCUACACCAGCUUCGACACCUUCAGCUGGGCCUUCCUCUCUCUGUUCCGCCUCAUGACCCAGGACUACUGGGAAAACCUCUACCAGCAGACUCUGCGUGCUGCAGGGAAACCCUACAUGAUCUUCUUCGUGCUGGUGAUCUUCCUGGGCUCCUUCUACCUGGUCAACCUGAUCCUUGCCGUGGUGGCCAUGGCGUACGACGAGCAGAACCAGGCGACCAUCGAGGAGGCGCAGCAGAAGGAGGAGGAGUUCCAGGCCAUGCUGGAGCAACUGAAGAGACAGCAGGAGGAGGCACAGGUUGCCGCGGCAGCCGCCACAGAGAGCGGCGAGUACGGCGGGCGGGGGGGCCCCACCUCCGAGUCCUCCUCGGGGACGUCGAAGCUGAGCUCCAAGAGCGCCAAGGAGCGACGCAACAGGCGGAAGAAGAGGAAGCAGAGGGAGGAGGAGGAGGAGAGGGGGGUGCGCAAGUUCCACAAGUCGGAGUCCGAGGACAGCAUCAAGCGCUCCAGCUUCCGCUUCUCUGUGGACGCCAACCGCCUCUCCUAUGAGAAGAGAUGCUCCUCGCCCAACCAGUCUCUGCUCAGUAUCCGCGGGUCCCUGCUGUCUCCUCGGAGGAACAGCCGCGCCAGCCUCUUCAGCUUCCGCGGCCGGGCGCGCGACAUGGGCUCGGAGAACGACUUCGCCGACGACGAGCACAGCACCUUCGAGGAGAGCGACAGCCGCCGCGGCUCCCUGUUCCUGCCGCGCCGCCUCGAGCGCCGCUGCAGCGCCGUCAGCCAGACGAGCCUCGGGGCGCCGCGGGUCACGCUGCCCGCCAACGGGAAGAUGCACUGCGCCGUGGACUGCAACGGCGUGGUGUCGCUGGUCGGUGGAACGUCGGUAACAACCUCUCCUGUAGGUCUCCUGCUGCCUGAGGGAACAACGACAGACACUGAGUUGAAGAAACGCAGAUUUCACCAGCCGUCCAUGGAUUAUCUGGAUGAGCCGGUGGGUCGGCAGCGAGCCAUGAGUGUGGCCAGUAUCCUCACCAACACCAUGGAAGAGCUUGAAGAGUCGAGACAGAAGUGCCCCCCCUGCUGGUAUCGAUUUGCCAACACCUGUCUGAUCUGGGAUUGUUAUCCGGAGUGGCUGAAAAUCAAGGAGGUGGUCAACAUGGUGGUCAUGGACCCAUUCGUGGAUCUGGCCAUCACCAUCUGCAUCGUGCUCAACACCCUGUUCAUGGCCAUGGAGCAUUACCCCAUGACCAAGGAAUUCAACACCGUGCUCUCGGUUGGAAACCUGGUGUUUACAGGCAUCUUCACAGCGGAGAUGUGCUUCAAGAUCAUCGCCCUGGAUCCGUACUACUACUUCCAGGAGGGCUGGAACAUCUUUGACGGCAUCAUCGUGAGUCUGAGUCUGAUGGAGCUCGGCCUGGCCAACGUGGAAGGCCUGUCCGUGCUCCGCUCCUUCAGACUGCUGAGGGUCUUCAAACUGGCCAAGUCGUGGCCCACCUUGAACAUGCUGAUUAAGAUCAUCGGUAACUCGGUGGGCGCUCUGGGGAACCUGACGCUGGUGCUCGCCAUCAUCGUCUUCAUCUUCGCCGUGGUGGGCAUGCAGCUGUUUGGAAAGAGCUACAAGGAGUUUGUGUGCAACAUCUCCGAGGACUGCAAGCUGCCGCGCUGGCACAUGCACGACUUCUUCCACUCCUUCCUCAUCGUGUUCCGGGUGCUGUGUGGAGAGUGGAUCGAGACCAUGUGGGACUGCAUGGAGGUGGCCGGGCAGACCAUGUGCCUGAUCGUCUUCAUGAUGGUCAUGGUCAUUGGAAACCUCGUGGUCCUGAACCUGUUCCUGGCUCUCCUCCUGAGCUCGUUCAGCGCCGACAACCUGGCGGCCACUGACGACGACAGCGAGAUGAACAACCUGCAGAUCGCCGUGGGCCGCAUCCAGCGUGGCUUCGCCUUCAUCAAGUCCGUGGUGCGGCAGUUCCUCCAGAGCCACUGCUUCGGGGGGGGCAGCAAGGGAUCGGGUCUGGCCGAGGAGAGCAAAACCCUGGACGACCUGCACAGCAACGGCAAAGGCAACUGCAUCUCCAAUCACACCGGGUCGCUGGAGAUCACCAAGGAGCCCAGCCGGGUGUACAUGACGGAGGGCAACGGGCGGCCAGGGGGGGGGCUGGUGGUCGGGCUCAGGGACACGGCGGUGAAGUACCCCAUGGAGGAAUGUGACUACAUGUCCUUUAUCCACAACCCCAGCCUCACGGUCACCGUGCCCAUCGCUGUGGGCGAGUCGGACUUUGAGAACCUGAACACGGAAGAUUUCAGCAGCGACUCGUCGGACAUGGAGGGCAGCAAGGAGAAGCUCGACCCAGAGCCCAAGGGUCUGAGCUCAUCGGAGGGUAGCACGGUUGAUAUCCGGCCCCCGGGAGACGGGGUAGACUCGGUGGAGCUGGAGCCGGAGGAGUCUAUGGACCCGGAGGCCUGCUUCACAGAGGGCUGUGUGAGCAGGUUCCAGUGCUGCCAGAUCGACGAGGAGAACGACAAUUAUAAGACCUGGUGGAAUCUGAGGAAGACUUGCUUCAUCAUAGUGGAGCACAACUGGUUUGAGUCCUUCAUCAUAUUUAUGAUCCUGCUCAGCAGUGGGGCGCUGGCGUUCGAGGACAUUUACAUCGAGCAGCGGCGGACCAUCAAGACGAUGCUGGAGUACUCGGACAAGGUCUUUACUUACGUCUUCAUCCUGGAAAUGCUGCUGAAGUGGGUGGCGUACGGCUUCGUCAAGUACUUCACCAACGCCUGGUGCUGGCUCGACUUCAUCAUCGUGGACGUGUCCCUGGUGAGCCUGGUAGCCAACGCUAUGGGCUACUCCGAGCUCACCGCUAUCAAAUCUCUGAGGACGCUCCGAGCCCUCCGGCCCCUGAGGGCGCUGUCUCGGUUUGAGGGCAUGAGGGUCGUGGUGAACGCGCUGCUGGGCGCCAUCCCCUCCAUCAUGAACGUGCUGCUGGUCUGCCUCAUCUUCUGGCUCAUCUUCAGCAUCAUGGGCGUCAACCUGUUUGCGGGGAAGUACUACUACUGCGUCAACACCACCUCGGACGAGGUCUUCCCCAUCCACAUCGUCAACAACAAGACGGAGUGCCUGAACCUGCUCAACGACAGCGGCCGCUGGAAGAACGUCAAAAUCAACUUUGACAACGUGGGGGCCGGGUACCUGGCUCUGCUGCAAGUGGCAACGUUUAAGGGUUGGAUGGACAUCAUGUACGCAGCCGUGGACUCUCGAGACGUGGAAGAUCAGCCCAAAUAUGAAGUGAACCUCUACAUGUACCUCUACUUUGUCAUCUUCAUCAUCUUCGGCUCCUUCUUCACCCUCAACCUGUUCAUUGGUGUCAUCAUCGACAACUUCAACCAGCAGAAGAAAAAGUUUGGAGGUCAGGACAUUUUCAUGACUGAAGAACAGAAGAAGUACUACAACGCCAUGAAGAAGCUGGGCUCCAAGAAACCACAGAAACCGAUCCCUCGACCGGCGAACGCCUUCCAAGGCUGCGUGUUCGACUGCAUCACCAAGCAGGCGUUCGACAUCGUCAUCAUGAUCCUCAUCUGCCUCAACAUGGUGACCAUGAUGGUGGAGACCGACGACCAGACGAAGGAGAUGGACGACAUCCUCUACCGGAUCAACAUGGUCUUCAUCAUCCUCUUCACCACGGAGAGCGUGCUCAAGAUGAUCUCCCUGCGUCACUACUACUUCACGAUUGGCUGGAACAUCUUUGACUUUGUGGUGGUGAUCCUGUCCAUCGUGGGAAUGUUUUUAUCCGAAGUUAUCGAGAAAUACUUUGUGUCCCCAACGCUGUUCCGAGUGAUCCGUCUGGCCCGGAUAGGACGCAUCCUCCGUCUCAUCAAAGGCGCCAAAGGCAUCCGGACGCUGCUCUUCGCCCUGAUGAUGUCACUCCCCGCCCUGUUCAACAUCGGACUCCUCCUCUUCCUCGUCAUGUUCAUCUACGCCAUCUUCGGGAUGUCCAACUUCGCCUACGUCAAGCGUGAAUCAGGAAUCGACGACAUGUUCAAUUUCGAGACCUUCGGGAACAGUAUGAUCUGUUUGUUCCAGAUCACCACCUCGGGGGGGUGGGACAGCCUCCUGGCGCCCAUCCUGAACAAGCGGGAGCCCGACUGCGACAGCCGCAUGGAGCACCCGGGCAACUCGUACAGAGGCAACUGCGGCAACCCGUCGGUGGCCAUCUUCUUCUUCGUCAGCUACAUCAUUAUCUGCUUUCUCAUCGUGGUCAACAUGUACAUCGCCGUCAUCCUGGAGAACUUCAGCGUGGCCACGGAGGAGAGCGCCGAGCCGCUGAGCGAGGACGACUUCGAGAUGUUCUACGAGGUGUGGGAGCGCUUCGACCCGGGCGCCACUCAGUUCAUGGAGUACAGCAAGCUGUCCGACUUUGCCGACGCUCUCGACCCGCCGCUGCGCAUGCCCAAGCCCAACAUGAUCCACCUCAUCUCCAUGGACCUGCCGAUGGUGAGCGGCGAGCGCAUCCACUGCCUGGACAUCCUGUUCGCCUUCACCAAGCGCGUGCUGGGCGAAGGCGGCGAGAUGGACGUGUUGCGCGGGCAGAUGGAGGAGCGCUUCAUGGCCUCCAACCCCUCCAAGGUGUCGUACGAGCCCAUCACCACCACGCUGCGGCGCAAACAAGAGGACAUGUCGGCCGUCAUCAUCCAGAGAUCCUUCCGCCGCUACAUGAUCUGCCUGGCCAUGAAGAAGGCGUCCACCCUCUACAAGGAGAAGCUGAAGGAGGGCGUCCGCGACCCCGACAAGGACGUGAUGGUCAUCGGCAAGUUCCCGGAGAACUCCACCUCGGACAAAACGGACAUGACGCCGUCCACGGCCUCCCCCCCCUCCUACAACAGCGUGACGAAAUCGGACAAGGACAAAUACGAGAAGGAGAACAGGGAGAAGGAAAACAAAGGAAAAGACUCGAAAGAACGAAAGAAAUAG